AUGACGUCGGACAAAAAAGUCUCAAAAGCGAUUCCAAUCACCCUGCUCUCGGGAUUUCUGGGUUCAGGCAAAACCACACUGCUGGAGAAGAUUUUGACGACUAACCAUGGUUUCAAAAUUGCCGUGAUCAUCAACGACAUGUCGGAGUUGAACAUAGACUCGUCACUAGUUCAGGCUCACAACGUCUGUCAAAAAGAAGAAAAACUCAUUGAACUGCAGAACGGCUGUAUUUGUUGCACCCUUCGUGGUGACUUGCUCGAAGAGCUUGUAGGCAUUGGGGAGCGUGGCGAGUUUGACUACAUUGUGAUCGAGUCGACUGGUAUCGCAGAGCCAAUGCAAGUGGCAGAGACGUUCUCUGUCGAGUUUUCUGAUAUUUUGCUAGAAACGCCAGGUGGUAUCCCGGAAAACGAGGAAAAGCUACUGAGAAAGGUUUCUGAUAUGGGUGGACUUCAAGCAAUAGCCAAGCUCGAUACAUGCGUUACCGUCAUUGACGCAUUGAACUUUUUGUCCAACAUACAAACUACCGAGUUCCUUGCAGACCGGUGGGGCGAAAACGGACAGGGUGAGGCUGAGCGUACCAUCACAGAUUUGAUGGUUGACCAAAUUGAGUUCUCCGACGUUAUUAUUGUCAACAAGAAGUCCAUGGUUUCAAAAAAGAAGUUGAAGGAGAUCAAGAAGAUGGUCAAGAUUCUCAAUCCUGUGGCUAAGGUUAUUGCUACUGACUACUGCAAUGUGCCCCUAAGCUCUAUUCUUGAUACGAAGCUCCAUGACUUCGAGAAGGCCUCAUUAUCCGCCGGGUGGCUGCAAAGCAUCAAUGAGAUGACUGUGAGGGACGGCUUCGGAAACAAAGGUAGCAGCGUGCUAACUCCAAAACCUGAGACGGAAGAGUAUGGUGUCAACAACUUUGUCUACCGCAGAAGAAGGCCUUUUCAUCCAGAAAGGCUUUACGAUCUUAUUAGAGAUAAAUUCUUCGUUAUAGAGCAGGCCGGUGCUGCUGGCAUGGACGAAGAAGAGGAAGACGAUGAGGAAGAAUCCGAAGAGCAGAGCUCAGAGUCCGAGGCAGACUCAGAAAUGGAAGCAGAGGUUGAUGAAGGCGCCCGUGACGGCGAAGAAAAAGAGGAGGAAGAAGGAGAAGAAUACACUGAAGAGGAAAUUAACAAGAACAGGGCUAACUCACCUUUCGGAAAACUUCUGCGCUCCAAAGGUUUCUUCUGGCUAGCAACAAGAUUCGUAGUCCGGGGAGAGUGGUCAAGCGCGGGUCCGAUGUUAACUUUGAAUGGUGGACUGCCAUGGUUUGCGGUCUCUGGCCUUGAAGAUGUCCCUGAAGAAGCUUUGGAACUUGUAAAGAAGGACUAUGAAGGUGAGUUUGGCGACCGCCGCAAUGAGUUGGUCUUUAUUGGCUUGGAUAUCAAUGAGAAGCUACUCAGCGAGGCGCUGGACUCCUGCCUCUUGACUGAUAAAGAGUAUAAGCGGUUCAAAAACAUUACUAGCAAGCACAAUGCUUUGGUUGCAGAUGAGAAGCUGUCAAAAGUUUGGGAUGACGGUUUCGAAGACUGGAUAAUAAUGGGAGCAGGCGAUGAAGAAGAGGAAGAUAGAGAACAAGAAGAGGAGCAAGAAGAGGAAGAAGAGGAAGAAGGAAAAGAGAGGUCUCAAAAGUCGGUACCUAUGGAGAUUUCCACUUCCAAAGGUAUUUCGGUCUAA